AUGAUUCCGUCUGCUCUUCUUCUACUAUUGCCCAUGACGGCCGCAGCGCCUGCCUCGAAGCGCGCCGAGCCCGCCCCCCUGAUCGUUCCCCGUGAUGACUCUGGCGUCUUCCACGGCCAAUAUACCGUCAUUCUAAAGGAUGACAGCGAUUCUCAAGCUCUAACUAAUGUUAUGGAACUGAUCCCAGGUAAUGCCUCGCAGGUCUACGGGAACCUGUUCAAGGGCUUUACCGCGGAGCUUGAUGAAGCUAGUCUCGGGGCCCUGCGAGACCACCCUGCGGUCGACUUUGUGGAAAUGGACCAAAAGGUCUCUCUUCCCGACGAGCCGCAGGGCAAGGUGGACGCCGUCGAGGCAGACCCCAACGCGACGGCCCCUGUUGUCGGACCGCAGAGCCCGGUCCCCUCGCAUCCUGAUCAAGUUUUCCGACGAUACAAUGGCUUGACGCAAUAUCUAAACAACCCUAACGGCGGCGAAGGCGUCUGUGCCUAUGUCGUUGACUCGGGUGUGGACGUCACCCAUCCGGAAUUCGGCGGUCGAGCGCACAUGGUUAAGUCAACGGUGGACUGGCAUGGCCAAGACUGGGUCGGCCACGGCACGCACGUUGCCGGCAUCCUCGGCAGCAACAGCUACGGCGUGGCAAAGCGUGUGACCAUCUACGGCAUCAAGGCCCUUUCCGAGCGGCCCGACGCCAGCGGCAUAUCGAAUAUGAUAGCCGGCUUGGACUACGUCGCACAGGACGCACCCCAUCGCCACUGCCCCAACGGAAUCGUCGUCAACCUGUCGGCGGGCAUAGCCGAAAGAAUCUAUGCUCUCAACAGGGCGGCUCGCGGGCUUGUCGAGAGGGGAUACUUUGUAGCCGUCGCGGCAGGUAACGAAGGCCACGAUGCCAGGUUCAACUCGCCUGCUUCCGAGCCGUCCAUUUGCACCGUUGGCGACUAUAGGUACCGGGAUUCCAACUUUGGCCCUGCCGUUGAUAUCCAAGCGCCUGCCGUCAACGUUCUCUCUACUGUCCCCGGCGGCCGCAUUUAUCGCCUGACUGGCACUUCUAUGGCCUCGCCCUUUAUCGCUGGUCUUGCUGCGUCCAUAGCUUCGGCCCAUCAUCAACGUGCCGGUCCGGAUCUCUGCGCGUGGAUGGUGCAGAGGGCUACUCCGCAAUGA